UUUGCUAUUGCGUACCACAUGGGCGUGACCUCGCUGCCUUUCGACAAUAAACAAAGCAGGGCAAACUGGUGCUGUGUCACAGCCAGGUCAAGUUCACGAUCGGCGGGGUUCGCUCGGCAUCCACUUCCCCCGUUAUUGUUGGAGAUACCAUGUGAAAUACGGACAAGUACAUAAUGACUGAGAAGCCUCCUUCCACAUCUGAAUCAUUCCUGCCAAGUUCUGAGCAUCCUCUGUCAAGUUCUGUGCCAUGGUCAGGCUCUUCAUCUGCCCUCUCCAUAUCUUCAUCUUCAGCAUUUAUGAAUGCAUCAGCUCCUAGAUUGGAAAACAUAUUGCCCCCCUUAUCCAGGAGACUCCUCCGCACCACCGCUAGGACUUGAGUCUGCCUUCGUUCAUGCCUCAGCUCCAGAUCUGACAGUCCUAGAAUCACCAGAGCCUAUCCAACAAACUGCAAGCCUCCUUCCAAUAAGGCAUGGACCUGGUCUCUACCCAGAGUGUAUUACUGCCCCCGUCCAUCACCAUGUGCCACUCACCAGUCCUCCCCCAGUAUCAAACUACCCGCACCCACCUUCAGAUGCUGUGUCUCCAAACCCAGCACAGGUGCUUCCACUGUCCUCAAUCCAUAAAACUGUGCCCUCAUCAAGUAUCCACCUCCUUCCACCAGUGUCAGCAUUUGCAAAUGCCACAGCCCCUGUUCGCUCUGGGUCAUCAUCCCCAGCCCCCUAUCCCAGAAUUCACUGCCAGCAGUGUGACACUUGAUGAUUCUCUCAACUUACUCAUGGCUGCCAAGUAUCAAAUUGACUUUCUCAGAGUUGCUGCACAGCAAGUGGGUCUUCAUCACACAGGUCCUGUGUUAGAUUAUGCAAUUCAAAGAUAUGAGAAGUACUGGCUUCCUUUGUGUGCCAAACAUUCAGAUCAAAUUCUCUCUGCGCCUGUUGACAUUGAGUGGGUAUGGCACUGUCACUUACUUUGCCCAUUGAAGUACAAGCUGGACUGUCUCCAUAUAGUCGGCAUGGUGAUUGACCAUCGACUGUUGUCCCGAACUGACCGAGAAGAUGCUGUGGACCUUGCUCAGACGGUGUGGGAGGAUGAGUACCCACACAUCCCUUUUCAUGUCUGUCAGAAUGAUCAUGUUAAUGUUGAGCCCCACUUUAAGUCACAGUUUACAUAUGACAUAGCGGCAGCUGCACUCCGACAGACAGUGUUCUACUACCAGGUCUCCCUGCCCCAUUACCAGGAUGAGAAAUUCCUCAAGAGCUGUGUAAUGAGAUAUAAACAGUUUCUGUAUGCAAAGAAACAUCACCCAAGAAUGUUCCUAGUACCCUGCUAUGACAUGGAUCUCAUCUGGCACACACAUCAACUCCAUCCACGCAUCUAUGCCAGAGAUACCCUCAAUCUAAUUGGUCAAAUAUUUGACCACGAUGACUCUGUAAAUGAUAGGAGUCCAGGAUCAAAACUUAACAAGUGUGAUGCUCAAACUAGAGUGGUUUGGAAAAGAACUUUCCAGCAGAACUUUGCACUAACUGGAGCCAUGUACCGUGGGGAGCCACCUCAGAAGAAACUGCACAAUCUUUCUAAGGAUGAUGUGAAUAUGAUCGCUACAAAGAAGACUGACAUUCUACUGGAAAAGGUUGUCAUGGAUGGUUACAUAUCAGAUGGCAAAAAGCUAAAACUUCAUCUCUGGUACCGAACUGGGUAUCAAAAUUUUGGUUUUGGUCUCAGUGUUGAGGACACUAUUACUGUCCUGCGCGGUUUCAGGACUAAGUUUGAAAGAGGAUACAAGGUUAUGAAGAAUUUUUCUUUUGACACUAAAUUCAAUCAUAAAAUCUGUGCAGAUCUGUGUCAAAAGGAAGGAGUAUUCUGUUUCAGUGGUAAAAAGGAUCUUGGGAGGGGUUGGUUUGACCUGAAGAAAGUGGUUCAGGAUCUAGAUUCAAAGGGUCUUUCAACAGAUCUGAAGAUCAACAUUGGGAGUGAGGCAACUGCCCAGUGUAGUUUAAGUAUUCCUACACCAACACGUGGAGUGUCUGUUUUCAAGUUGGUUGUGGGCCAGUAUGAAACAUGUAUCAUGCCAGAGAAUGUGCAACAGAUAUGGGGACCUAUACCAUUAUCUCGGCUACCAAUAGGAGUACCAGCUACCUGUUCUGUGGCAUCUCACAAGCUACUGAACCACAUGAAGAAGGUUGAAUUCACCUGUCGCAUCAUACAUAGUCUCCCUCUGCUGAUGUCUGCUGUUCAGAUAUUCUACCAUGACAAGAUGGCUGCUGUAGCUCAUCUGGUGGGGCCUGACCAAAUUCCAAGACCUGAACAAGUGUCCAACACUUCAAGAUGUGUGACUCUGGAACCCCGUAAGGGGGAGCGAGCAGUACUCAUCAAGAACCACAGUGGUGACUGGGGCUUUGUCCGUGGACAGUGGCUUGGUAUUCGUAGAGGAAUACCAGGGGUCAAAGGUCAGUUGUAA